AUGUUCAAGAAAAUUAACAAUGUGUUUCGCCCAAACCAUCAUGGACACAAAGGCCGAGAUGGUGGGUUUCGGUCCGAGCAGGACUACCACAACGCCUGCACCGUGAGGCUGGUACGCAGCACCUCCAUGCUUGUGGUGGGAGAGAAAACACAGACAACCGUGAGCUCAACUUUAAAACGGAGCAAAAGUACUGUGAGUAUUGAGUCGACCUUGUACUAUUACCAGAGGCAAGAGGACCGGAUAUGGCUCUAUUCUCAGAAUCAGAACUGCUUAGAGUACCUGGAGGAACUUGUAGCUUUGAGGCGACAGUACACAAAGAGUGUGAAUAAUCUGAAAAGCAAAGACACCAAAGCCACAGUUUCUUCCAAGAAGAAGCCCGCACCCCCACCACCCACCAAGGACACACCGAUAUCAGGAGCCAAACCCUCAGCCCCUCCAAUCCCCAAUGUGGAAGACACUUUACAGUUUUUUGAUGCGGUCAUUGCCAGCUGCGACAACGAACCUCUGUGCAAACCACACAGAGACGAUGGACACGCUGACGUGGACUUCAUUGUGGCCACCAGCUCCAGUGAACACGACCUCCACUCCAACUGGGUGUUGCGGGUUCCCCGGGUCGCGGAUGAGUCCAGGCAGAAAGCGUCCAAAGUCUGUGCCAAUGACAGCGUCUCUAAGAAGAAAAAUAGCGGCGGGUCCACAAGCAGCCGGCUGCGGCUCCAGAGGAACCCGAUCCAUCUGCCCAAAGUGGUGGAGAGCGCAUUCCAGACUCUGCGCUUCAAGCCCAAAUUGAAAAAGCAGUAA